AGACGAAGCAGUUAACAAUAACACAGAUCCUAUCCCGCGAGGUGAGGGUGAAAUGUCCAAACAGAGCUACAGGUUUUGCUGUAACGCAACAUUUUCAUUUCUAAAAUCUCUACUGCAUAACACUUCCAAUUGCUAAUACGAUCCGAUUCCAAUUAGAUCUAGGGUUUCUCUUUCUCUGUUGUUCGCCACCUCUCGCCGGAAACCAUAACCGAAUUUCCGGCGCCGGCUUCAAGGAUCUCGCAUCGGUGUCUGAUACGCUGGCAAAAUGCACUCCAAAUCAGCGCAGUCAUCGUUUCGGGAUCGGACGCUUGAAUUUCAUACCAUUGCGGAGAGGUUGAAGAAGCCGGGAUCAGCGCCGAAUGGACAAAGCAGCAAUUUAUCCAGAUUGGAGGAGCAGCGAUCCGCAAUUACAAAUCAAUCAGAGUUCAACAGAAGAGCUUCCAAGAUUGGCUUCGGGAUUCACCAAACGUCUCAGAAGCUUGCCAAGCUUGCCAAGUUGGCUAAGAGGACCUCGGUUUUCGAUGACCCUACCAUGGAAAUCCAAGAGCUUACGGGGGUAAUUAAGCAAGAUAUCACCGCGUUAAACUCUGCGGUUGUGGAUCUUCAGUUGCUUUGCAACUCUAGGAACGAGAGUGGGAACGCUUCCACCGACACCACUAGCCAUUCAACAACGGUGGUUGAUGACCUCAAGACGCGGCUGAUGGGCGCCACUAAAGAGUUUAAAGAUGUUCUCACCAUGCGAACUGAGAACUUGAAAGUGCACGAGAAUAGAAGACAGCUGUUUUCGGCCUCUGGUUCUAAGGAUUCUGCAAAUCCUUUUGUCCGGCAACGGCCGUUGGCUACCAGAUCGGCUGCUAGUAGUUCUAAUGCCCCUGCUCCACCAUGGGCUAGUGGGUCAUCUUCAUCUCAGUUGUUAGCUAAAAAACAGGUGGAUGGGGAGAGUCAACCGUUGCUGCAACAGCAGCAACAAGAGGUAGCCCCAUUGCAAGAUAGCUACAUGCAAAGCAGAGCUGAAGCUCUUCAGAAUGUUGAGUCCACUAUUCAUGAGCUUAGCAACAUCUUUAAUCAACUAGCAACACUUGUUUCCCAACAGGGAGAAGUUGCCAUCAGGAUUGAUGAAAACAUGGAUGAUACAUUGGCAAACGUAGAGGGGGCUCAAGGGGCUUUAUUGAAGUAUCUGAACAGCAUAUCUUCUAAUAGGUGGCUGAUGAUCAAGAUUUUCUUUGUAUUAAUAUUUUUUCUUAUGGUUUUCUUAUUUUUUGUGGCAUAGUAAUCCCGAUGACAGAGAAAUGAAAACGAGGACACAAUGGACAUAAAAGAUAAGCCUUUUGUAUUUCAUUAAUAUUUCUUUCUCCAAAUCUAUAUUCAUUCCGGCAGAUUUUAGCAUAGAACCAAGUUUGUCAAAUGUUAUACUUGUACGUAUCGAGGUUGAGAACUGUGUGCAUUGCAUAUUAUCUUUC